CUCUCCUCUCUUAGUCCCUCUCCUCCAUCCAUAUCCCUCCCGAUGCGAUCCUGUCUAUCUAUGUCCCGUGGCCACCCCAACCCUCACCGCCGCCGUCGGCUCCCAAUCCCGUCGCCGCGCUGCUGUCUGUUCGCUCGCGGCCUCCCUCCUCGUGCUCCUCGGACUGGACCCAGACCCAGGCCGUCUGCGCCGCCACCUUGCUCCUGCACGCAUGCUCUUGCGGCCGCCGCCACAUCCUCCCUGCGUCCCACUCCCUCUCCUACACGCACCACGACUCCUCCGUCGGGGUGCUUGCGGGGUACCACCCGCCGCUCCCACCGCACCACCACUCUAGCGGGUCCUACUCCGCCGCCAAAUGCCCGUCGCUCCCAAGUACGGCGGCGGGCAUGGCACCCUCCCGGAGUUCGAUGGCACCGGCGACGUCGGCAAGGCAAUCUUCCGUGUGCUGCUCCGCGCAGCCAUGCACCCGGGCCACCCGCCCCAGCUCGAGGUGUGGCCCCACCUACUCCGCGAGACGCAAGCCGGACCAUUCCUCCGUUCGCUCGCGACCGAGCCACAGCGCAGGCAGCUCUGGGUCGGGGUCGAGUCUAGGACCAGAGUGUGGGCGCUCGACGAGGUGUUCACAGAGUGAGGCACGGGACCCCAGCGGGACCUCCCGCGCACUACACCGCCAUGGAGAGGGCCAACCAUUGUGAACUGGGCAUAAGGACGUGAGGCUCGAAUCAUGGCGCAUGGACCUCAACACGGCCGCCAUGGUGCCCGUGCCUCUGGCUCCUGGUGCAGGUGACAACCGGGGGAGCUGUCACGCUGGCAGCAGCAAUGCAUCGGUGUUCAGGGAAGCCCUCACAUGGCAGGUGUACGGCCAGACGCUCGUGCUCUCCAUGGUCAUCACUUCAUAUGAUAAUAAUUGCACUACACUUCUCCAUUAUAUGGUUGCUCUACGGAGGUAUCCCAAUUUGAAGCUAAUUUGGAGGCUGGCUCAUAUGAAGAAGCCGAUGCUGACUUCAUCAGAGGUGAAUCCGGGGAUGAAGAGUAGUCUCUAAAGUCGCAUUCACACCCUCGCUGCUUGUGGCCUGGGCUUUUGUUCCGCUGUGUAUUUUGAUGGCCGCUAGGCCAAGGUUGUAAUGUACAAUACAGUUUGUAACCUUUUAUAUGAGCCUUUCUAUAAUGUACAAAGUUUGACUAUGAUACUAUGACUGUUAUAUUGUACGUAUCAGCUAUGUAAUCCACGGAUUGAUACAA